AUGGCCAAGAGCGGCACGGAGGAGUGGCGCCGCAACGCCGACACGCACAAGAUGAGCCCGGAGGAGGUGCGUGCGGCAGGGGUGGAGGCGUCCAUGCGCCCGCCGGGCCGGGGCCCCGGAGAGGUGCUGCACCAGCGCGGCCGGCUGCCGUACGGUCCCGGCACCAUGGCGCUGGUUGGGUUCGGAAUCGUCGGCGUCAUCGGCUACCUCGUGUUGUACCAGAAGGCCAGGCCCGGGACGCCCGCCACCGAGGUGGCCAAGGUCGCCGUCGGCCACGGGGACCCUGCCGCCGGCCGUGACCCAGAGAAGCAUCCUGCUGAGGGCUCGCGUGAAGCGAAGUAG